CUAUCAGGUUGACAUGAUACGUCGGUCACCUUCGUUGCUGUUGCUUUUGAUUUGUCUUUUUGAGAUUCCCACUUCUGUCAUAUGUCGAUCCUUGUUAUGAUGCCAAGUAUCGAAAUUCCAGUUAUAACGACAUUCCUUUGCCGAUCUCUCCUGAUAUUGAGUACCACUGCCAAUGUGCAGCGGGUCUUGUCUUCUCACAUUGGGAAUGUCGGGGAUUUUUCCCGUCGUCAUUGCAUACGUACCAAUGCAAGGGGCAUGUAACAUCAAAAGACACACCCCUCCUUUUCUUUAUUUAUACUAAUCUUGAGGAUGGCCCUUGAUCCGUAUCGAAUGUCGCGCUUCUGGUGCCAGGAAGUUAGGAAUCUCGCGGAAUCGCCGCCAUGCUCCUGAACAACCCCAAGCAACACCAGGCUCCAGAUGCUCAAUUUACCGAUCGGCAGCGUCCUUCGGCUAAAUCGCAAGCCAAGUCCAUAGUCAACCCCGCGGAGAAGAGCCAGCCCGAUUGCUCGCCAGGCUCUCAAUUGGUUCACGACUGCCCUCCGGACGGCGGUGUCGUUGCCUGGUCAGUGGUCCUAGGGGCCUGGUGUGCCAUGUUCUGCAGUUUCGGAUGGAUCAAUAGCAUUGGCACCUUCCAAACCUACUACGAAACCACGCUCCUCCCUCAAUAUCCUCCCAGCACGAUCGCAUGGAUUCCUUCACUGGAAGUGUUCUUCAUGUUCUUCAUGGGUCCUUUAGUCGGCACUCUAAGCGACACCGUCGGUGCCCGCCUCGUCAUCCUCGCAGGCUCGACCCUCCACGUCUUUGGACUCCUCAUGACCUCCCUGUCCACUCAAUACUACCAAAUCCUCCUCUCGCAAGGCAUUUGCAGCGCAAUGGGCAUCUGCGCCAUCUUCCAGCCAUCCAUGAGCGUGAUUCCCAGCUGGUUCCGGCGGCGGCGGGGGGCGGCGUACGGGAUCAUUGCGUCAGGGUCGAGUGUGGGCGGGAUUGUGUUUCCGAUCAUGACACGGAGGUUAGUGGAGAGGGUCGGGUUUGCGUGGGCGAUGCGGGUGGCUGCGUUUCUGAUAUUGGGGCUGUUGGUUGUAACUUGUCUUACUGUUCGAUCGAGGGAGUAUGCAAGUGUUGCGGAUGGGGAGGAGAAAGAGGAACUCAAGAAAAAGCCAGGCAUGACGCGCGAGACGAUGCUCAGGCCCUGGCGCGAGGUUAAGAUGCGGUUCCUCGUGGCGGGAUUUGUGCUGCUCACGUUUGGUAUAUACAUCCCCACCAACUUCGUGGAGACGGCUGCGAUAGCGAGUGGGAUGAGGGAGGGGCUGGCGCAGUACGUGGUGCCAAUAUUGAACGCAGGCAGUCUUAUCGGCCGUAUGGCAGCAGGCUUCCUCUCCGACCGUGUCGGCACGUACAACAUUUUCCUGCUCGUCUGCACGCUCACGGGCAUCCUGAUUCUCGGGCUCUGGAUGCCCGCCACCACCAACGCAGAGAACAUUGUCUUCGCCGUGCUGUAUGGGGUCACCUCCGGCGCGUACUUUUCGCUUCCCCCGGCCCUCGUCGCGAAGCUGGCGCCCCUGCCGGAGAUGGGGUAUUGGACGGGCGUGCUUUACCUUUUCUCGUCGAUUGGAGGCUUGACGACGAACCCUAUCGCUGGGGCGAUCUUGGCUCGGGACCAGGGCUCGUAUACGGGCAUGAAGGUCUUCUCUGGCUUGCUGCUGUUGGCGGGGACGAUGCUGGUGCUGGUGACGAGGGUUCGGCAGACUGGGUGGCAUGUGAGGGCUAAGUUCUAGGCCUUCACAUGGUGGUUUGUACGUGGAAGCGACCAGAGACUCGAACGAGACCCUUGCUGAACAUGGCAGGUCAGGGUUGGAAGUCUUCAACGAUGUAAUGCAGUCAUAUAAUCUCUGAAGAUCUACCGCCAGCUACUUUACGAGGCAAGCUCAAGGAGGUCUUUGACACAGUGA